AAACGCGUUGGCAGGAAAACCCAAACGAGCUCCCGAGCCGGCGGUCUGAAGGCAAAGGACAGGGCCGGCGCUGGGCCAGGGCGAGCCGCGGCAUCGGGGCUGCUGGCCCCAACAGCGCCAAGAGGAUUGCGAAACUCCCGAGAAGAGUAACCAGCCCCCGCCAAGCAGAACUGCGCUUCGGCGCAAGGAACAGAGAGAGCUCCGCCGGGCACCGGUGAUCCUCGGCUGCCGGGCGGGAGGAGCCUCCGCCCCACACCUCCCCUCGGCCCUACAGAGCGGCUUGGAAAAGGGCUCAAAGUCCUGAGUUGUCGCCUGGGAGCCCCUUAAUCAAAACCAUAUGGGACGCAGGCAGCGUGGCGGAAGCCCCCUCCGCCCCAGCCCCCACCGCCCUGCCCCGCGGGCCGCAGCGGAGAAAGGGGGAAGUUGUUAUGCCCGGGAUUCAGCCGCUCCCGAGCCUGGGGCAAACGAGGGGGAAUCUUGCCGCGAAAUCCGCUUCCUCCCAGCCCCAUCCCGAGGCGCGCAGAGGUGGGGGCUGUUUUACCUUCAACAGGUGCAGACGCCGGCGGGAGUAAGUCCCGCGGGCUCGGACCGUCUGAGUUGCCCGAGCGGGAGCGGCGGCGACUGGAAGCCGGGGACGGGCGGCGGCGGGCUGGCCAGAGGCGUUACGGCAGCCCCCGGCGGCCACCCAUGCUCCCAGAGGGCCCCGCCGCCGCCAGAGCAGUCGGAGUCAACGCGAAGGAGGCAGCGGCUGCGGCCACCUCUGAAAGGAAGGAGGAGAACAGCGGGAAGAGAGGCAGGGAAAAGCAGAGAGAGGAGAGAAACCGCCUCGAAAGAAAUUAAUCGUCACAUGACAGUCGCGAUCCGCCGCCGUCCCCCAACAACCCGAGCCUAUGCCGGGGAGCCGGGAAAAGCUGCGAGGAGGGGACACACCUGUAGGCGCAGCACAUAUCCGCUGGGCUGUGCUCAGGUGGCAGACUGUCCUGGCUGGGUCUCACCAGUCUGGCCCAGUUUUUUUUGCUAACGUCCACCAGAAGGCCCUUGACCUUGUUUGUUUGCCUCCUUCUGGUUUUUCAUCUGACUGGGCUGAGUCACUGUAAGGUGAGAAAAGAAUGGCUCUGGUGCAGUUGUGAGACAUUUCAGACUAUCUGGAUCCUCCCUCCGUACUUCUUUGCUUGCUCGAAUAGAGAAGAGAAAUCUGAAGAGGAGGAAGAUGGGACUUGCCUAGGAAAACUGUGGAAGUCCUGACAGGAAUCUGGGACUGAGAAAUUCAUAGGCUGCUAAUGGGCUUGGUAAAACUUCACUAUCCAGGCUGCUUUUUCAGUGUCUGGGAUUCUGGCCAGGUUGUGCCCAAACUUCUGGCAGUAUGCCCCGGAAUUAGUGUUCUCCCUGUGCUCUGGCCCGUGAAUCCCUGCCUCCCAGCACACUCUGCCCCAGAGGCUUUUGUUGGGGUCUUUGCCACUUCCUCCCCCACCCUGCCUACUCAAACCUGGUGAUGUGCUUGCUCUACUGAGGCAGAGGAAGCCCCAGGUGUGGGCACACAUCUGCUCUGUCAUGGCCAGGGCUGUGCUGUACUUCUGCUGUCUCAUGGUGGCUGUCCCCAGGCUAAAUCUAAGCAUCACAGCAUGCCACACAUUUCCCUCUGUCAGGAACAAUUUUCUCCAGCUCCUGUUGCUCUGGCCUCCUAACAGCCUACUUUCUUAUUAAACAAAAAGGGAAAAAAAAAAAAAAGAGAGAGAGAGAGAAAGAAACUCCAACCGAACGAGUAAGGAAAAAAAAAAAGCCACUACACCAAAAAAAGACUGCCAGUGGACACAUACCACACACACAGCCACAGCAACGGUGGUAGUUUAUUUAAUUCAAAAGAGGAGCUGGUGAAAUGCAGCCAAGCUGAAUCCUCAUCCAGUCUAUACAGUUACGUGCUGGGUAUUUGACCUUGCUAAGUGUGACAGGAAUUAUGAAGCUAAACUAAAGGUCAAGGUAGCCACACAGCAUCCCAUCCUAGGGCAGCUGUCUUCUCUGUGAAGUCUCCUUAAGUUGCUGUUCUGCCAAGCACAUGUGGAUGUACUAAAGCAGCAGCACAGCAUAUUGGCCUGUGCUUCUGCCAGCUGGGGCACAAAUGUGUGCUUCAGCACUUUUGUUACCAAGUCAGUGCUGAAUUCAGCACUCAUAUGGCUUGCAAAGGUACAAAGAGUUCACAAGAUAGUGUUCUGGCUCCCAUUGGCCCUUCCUUGUCUUGAAACCAGCACAUCAUCCUUCACCCCCGUGGAGAAGUAUGUGAUGCAGGAAGAUAUCUUCCCAGUGAACCCAGAUAAACAGCUGCACAUCAAAAACUGCUAUUUACAGCUGAAGGAUUAUUCCACUCCCUUAUCACUACCCACCAAAACAAACAAACAAACAGAAACCAAGAAAAAGAGGUCACAUCAAAUCCUAAACUAAUAAAUGAGCAACUAGUAAAGGACUGAGUGAUUAACAGCUUCCCAGACUCUUGGAGAUUUUCACUGCUGGCAUGUACAGCAUGUGGCUCAGGGAGGAAAGCUUUGCUCUCUUCCUCUCCAGUGUAAGGACACAAAUAGAUAGCGAGACUGUAUGUGAAUAUGACUCUAGACCAGAUUUUGGUUUCCUGUUUAUUUCCUCCCUCUGCACUCCUCCAGUCUCUCCUCACCUUGUUGCCAUGUUGUCACCUGUUCAUUGUUACAUGUGUCCUUGUGUUUUUUUUUUCUCUGCCUAUUAUCUUUUACACUGGAUGAAAUGUCUGUGGCUCUCUCCUGCUUCCCUUCUUAGUGCCAUCAAUUCUCAGCUUUUAUCUGAGGCACAUGCUGUUCUACAAGGAGACCUUUGAGGCCUGUAAAAAAGAGCUGAACUUCCAGCUGUCAUUAUUAAAACACCUUGUUCCACAAGCAACAGGACUAAUGAAUCUGGGUUUCCUGUGGCUUCAUCUCUGACUCAGUCAUUGCUAUAUCCUCAUCUCUUGUUCCCCUUUCGUGUCCAGUGUGACAUCUCCUCUUGGUGGCAGGAGACUGCAGUCAUGGUUGCUGGUCAAGAGUGGCAUGCAUGCUGUCUGCACAGCACAACUGCCUGCACUGCCAGGACAACUGGCUGCUGCCAGUCACAGCCCUUAACAGCUAGAUCCUCCUACAUCUCUGUUGGAAAAACUAACUUGAGUCUCCAGUCACUGAUGCUCACAAACCUCUAGGAACUUGAUUAACUUUGGGGCUUCUACCUCUUUUAUUCAUUUGUUUGCAACUAGACAGUGUGUUCUGACAUUUUUAUGAGGGGCUGAUGGGCAGAUAAGCAGCCACAUGAUAGGUGAUCAGGCUUUAGGAAGGAAGGUUGCUGCCCAGUGGUCAUGGAAUUAACAUGAGAACAACCCAAAAAUAAACCUCAAACCCUUUAAAAUUAUUAAAAUUACACUUUACAUGCACAGGAAGUUCUGAUUGUCCUUGUAUUCCCACAUAUCUGAGCAACCUUCAUACAUCCUUUCUGAGGAUAUAGAACUGUCUCAGUUCUAUUCUGAAGAGGGGGAAGAAAGGGAAAAGGAUCUGCCUUACAGGUAGCUGAAAUUCAUUGGGCCCUAGAACUGCUGCUUCCACCAUCCUUUGUAAGAAAUUUUUAUCAUUAAUAGGAAUGCAAAAAGCACAAGAAGAAAUACACUACCUGAAUGGUUUUAGUCACUUGAUUAAGGUAUAACCAAGAACUCUACAAGACAUUUUCAUCCCCCAUCUGAUGUCUUUGGUUCUGAUGAUCUUAAAGGUCUUUUCCAACCUAAACAAUUCUGUAAUUCUAUGAAAGGGCACCUCAUCAUCUCCUGCUAGGGACCCAAAUAUACAUAUUUAUAUUUUUAUAGUCCAUAAAUCACCUUGGGAUCUACUUUUUUUUGAUGAAAAGUGCCAAAUAAAUCUGAGGUGUUAUUAUUAGAUUUGUGAAAUGUCACUGUGCACAUCCUGACUUAUGGCCUUUGUACCAAACUCACAUGGCAGAUCUAUUUGUAUAUAUUUGAGGUGUUUUUUUUUCUUCAUUGAUGGAUUUCUUGGUGACCAAUUUCCAACAAUCUAGAAAAAAAAAAGUUUUAGGGUAAAAUAACCUAAGUUUCAUUCCAUUAAUUUCUUUUCCUUUGAUACUGGAAAAUAUCUGUGCUGCUGGAGCAGGUAGUUCUGGUAUUUACUAACUCGCUUGAUACAUUUCUUUACCCCUGUGCAAAAUGUUUCCCAGUCAGAAUUUUGCUUUUGUUUAGUUUAGCAGGCAUUUUGCAUAUACUUUGUUACAGAUAUAAAUUGCUGCACAAAGGUACAAAAUAGAAAACCAGCAGGCCCUGCAUACUAUUUCCAUGUGGAAUCCACAGAAAGCCUUAUAUGGGUGUGUGCAUAUGUAUUGCUGCUACAAGUAGCAGUCCUCCAGUCAAGACUUGACAUUCUGACAUUGCCCUGGUUGUACUUUAUUGUGUGUGAGCCUAGUUAAGAGAUCCUUGGGUAAUUAAGAGGUUCGUACAGACAAUGCUUGUGGUUUUUAAGGCUACCUUGGAUUUUUUCUGAGGAAUUAAUUAUUUUUUAAGUCAAAAUAUGAAAAGAAAUCUGUUAUUUUCAAAUGCAGCUAGAAUGAAAACUAGUGUCAAAUGUUGACAACUGAUAUCUGUCCUUGCCUUUUUUUCCCCUUUCCUUUUUUUGUUUAAAUAGACCCUUCACACUCUUACAUAUAUAUAAAGCAGGAGAAACAGCAUUUCCAAAUUUAAUUAAGGCAGCUGCCUAGAUGAGUUCCAAAGCCAUUGUUCUGCUAUCAUAAACCACUCAUUUUAACCACAGCCAGUAUACUUGCAUUUGAUGAUAUUGCUAAUUCUGCAACUGGUUGGAGAACUAGCUGUUGGAAUUAGUUGACUGUCAUCCAUGCUACUAUAAAUUCUUAUAAAUGCCUUACUGAAAAAAAGCCAUAGAAUCUCAUUAUCUACUAAUAUUUGAAUUAGUUUUAUUAUGGAGAGGUAGGUUGUGGGAAGGCAAUUACAAGUGAGAGUGCAUGAUUACAGUGUUCUGUUCCAAAGUGGAAAAUCAGAUUUAACUAUUUUAUGCUGGAAAUAAUGCAUCUUUUUUUACAUCAGUAACUUCAGAUAGUGCAUAAUUAAUAUUUUCUGAAUAUAUAUUGCACAAAUGUUGUGUUUAUACUAUUCAAGCAUAUCUGGUCUAGAGCAGUUAAACGCAGAGCUAAAAGAGUAGGAGUUAAAUGUGGUACAACAUAGAGAAGCAUUUAUCAUUUUGUCAUUCAGACCAAUCAGAAUUCAUCAAUGACACAGCAGUUAAGAUAGAAAAAUAAAAUAUUAACUACUAACA